AUGAGUCAUAUUGUUGUUAAGAGUAAUUAUUAUCAGUUUUGUAAAUUAAAUAGUGAUACACCAGAUUCUGUAUUACGUGAUAUUCUUAAACGUAAAUGGGGUUUAAAACCACCUACAUUAAUUAUAACUGUAUUCGGGACAGAUUUUGAAAAGAAACGUAAAUUAAAAAUGAUCUUUAAAAAAGGUUUAUGGAAAGCAGCUGAAAGUGGUUGUUGGAUUGUAACAGGUGGUUUUCAUUUAGGAGUAAUGAAGUUAACUGGUGAAGCUGUACGUGAUUAUACAGAUGCUUAUGGUGGAAAUCGAAUGAUGGCAUUUGGUGUAGCAAGUUGGGAUUGUGUAACAAAAAAUGAAAUACUUGAAGCAGCUUUACAUGAGGGUACAGCAGUGUAUCAAUCUGAAGAAGAUGAAGAAGAAGAAGCUGAAGAUAGUGAACCAAUUUUAAUUGAUCCAUUAUCACAAAGCGGUUUAAAAUCUGUUCGUAGUGAUAUUGAAGAACGUGCCUUAGAUCCUAAUCAUAAUUUUUUUGUUUUAGUUGAUGAUGGAACAACUGAUCAAUUAAAAGGUAAAGAAGCUGAAUUACGUGCAAGAUUUGAAAGAUGUAUAUCAUUAUGGAAUUGUGCAAGUAGUCCACAAGAACAAACAACAACUGCUACAAGUCCUCAAAGUGGACCUAUAAGUUCUACAACACAUUUACAACAACAACAACAACAGCAACAACCUCAAAAUGGUAUUUCUACACCAUCUAACAUCAAUAAUAAUGUAAAUUCAGUAGGAUUACAAAGACAAGGUAGUACUAUGGGUGGACAAGUUAGUACAACAUCUGGUCCACAAACAAGUGCAACAUCAAUUGGUAAAAAUUCUGGUAUAACCGGUGGUUCUACUAGUAAUUCUGCUUUAAGUAAAGGUGCAAGUGAACCGAUAGUUAGUAAUCAACCUAUUUCAACUGUAUCUGUUACACGUGGAGCAAAAGAUAAACUUACUACUGAAUCAAGUCUUAAACCAGCAAAAAGUGGAAAAUCAGUUGGUAGUGAAGAAGAAAUUUUAGUUCCAAUGUGUGGAUUAGUUGUAGGUGGUGAUCGAUUUACAUUACGUCAAGUUUAUUGUUCAAUGAUUAGAAAUCGUUGUCCAAUUGUUGUUACAAAGGGUACAUCUGGUGCAGCGGAUGUAUUAGCAUUUGGAUUAGAUGCUGCAAAUAAAAUGGCAUCUGAAGAAGUUGUUGAUGAUAAAGAUCAAGUACCAUUGGAGGCUAGGCUUGAAUCAAUCAUUGAAGAAUUUCUUGGUGAUUUACAUCCAGAUUAUACGAAUUAUACAGAUGAAGUGAAUAUGUUAUGCGAAAUAAUCAAUGAUUAUACAAACUUAGUAUCAGUAUUUGAUAUGGAAGAAGAUUCUGAUUUGGAUGGAUAUGUAAUCUCUUCAUUGCUUGCCAGUGCUGGUACCACGGUUACAUCAGAUCAAAUUAAUUUAGAACAAUUAGAAAUUACUUUAACAUUAAAUCGUGCUGAUAUUGCACGUGAAAAAAUUUUUUUAGAAAAUAAAAAAUGGAAAAAAGGUCAAUUAAAUGAUUAUAUGUAUCAAGCAUUAAUGAGUGAUCGACAUGAUUUUGUUAAAUUAUUCUUAGAACAAGGUUUUAGUUUAGAAGAUUUUUUAACUAUCUAUAUGUUAGAAAAAUUAUAUACAGAUCAAUUAAAAAAUUUGAAUUCCAAAGUAGCAAUAUUCAAUAAAAUGUGGGAAUAUAAUCGAUCACAUCGAACAUCGAAAGUGGCAUUACGUGAUGUUGGCAAAGUGAUUAAAGCAUUAGUUGGUGAUUUUUAUCAUCCACUUUAUUUAAGUAAAGAAUUUCAAGCGAAAUUAAUGCCGGAAAAAAGGCUAGAAGGCGCUGACAUUUGUCAACGUUUAUUAGGUUCUCAUAAAUUAAGAAAUAGUCAAGAUAUUAGUCAUUUAUCAUCAUCAUCAUCUUCAUCAUCAUCAUCAUCAUCAUCUAUUAACAAUAAUAAUCAUAAUCAUAAUGGUGCUAUAUGUCCACGUACACUUGGUUUAAGAGAUAGUGUACGAUUUAUUGAUUAUGGGGAAGAUUAUGAUUAUAUGAAUUUACAUAAUGCACAUACAUCAUCAUUACCAUCAGCAGCACCACCACCACCACCAACAACAACAACAACAAUAGAAGAUAUAGGAUUUCGUAAUCCAGCAUUUUUAGAAUGUGAUAAAUAUGGAACACGAGCAAUAAUUCGACGAGGAGCUACAAGUGUUGAACCAGCUGAAAAGAAUCAUGAUGAUGGUGAUGAUAAUGAUGAUGAUUACAAUGAUGAUGGUGAUGAUAGGGAAUAUAAUGGUGAUGAAUUAUAUGGAAAUAAUAUUGAUGGAUAUACAAUUAAUUCUAGAUUACCACGUAGUUCAACGACAAUGACAACAGUUAGUGGUGAACCAUUGAUUGCAUCAACUAUUUUACGUUCUAAUGAAAAAGGGAAUACAAUGGGUACAUCAACAAUAACACUUAUUGGAGGGAGUAGAUUACGAGAAGGAAAUAUUCCACAUCAAUAUCAUUCUAUAGAUCAAAUGAAUUCAUCACGUUCCCAUUCACGUAAUCCAAUGAUAACUAUAUAUGAUAAACAACAAAUCAAUGAUAUCACUGAGGAUAUAAAUAAUCAAUCUAAAAAAAGUAAAUAUUUAUCAGCGACUAGAAAUAAUGAUGGUAAUCGAAAUGGGCAUAGUAGUCGAAAUAAACAUGGUCGACGUUCAUCAUCUCAAACCAAUGAACAUGAUAUGUUGAUACCAGGUCAACCACUUAUAUAUAAUGCAACAGUGACUAAUGUUAGUCGGUCAGGCCAUGGUUCACGUGGUCCAUAUACAAGUCUUGGUCCAGGUCAUUUCCGUAUAGCUGGAAAAGCACCAUUGGCUUAUGAUACCACUUCUAUGGGAACAACAACUCCGAUUCAAUCACCGAAACCAGCUAUAAAUGAUACAUUACAAUUUUCAUUCGACAAUGAACAUGUACAACGUAAUUCUGUACUGAUUUCUCCAAUACAAAAUGAAAAAUCAAUUAAACCGGUACUUUUUGAAGAUGAAGCAAAUAAUAAAUCAUCUAGAUCAUGUUUCAUGUCAUGUAUACAAAAAAUUUCAUCAUUCUGUAGUCGACUAUUCAGAUGUAAUACUGAUUCAAAGAAAUCAAACAAAGGUUUAAAUGUUAGUCAAGAACCGUCUGGUAUUAAAGGGCCUAAAGAAUUUGCCACUCUUCGUGCAAUGGCUGCAUUAGCUGCAGCGACAGCAGCGACGGCUGUAGCAGAUCCAACAAAAACUUCUCCAGGAGAUUUAUUAAUUCCAUCAAAUUUCUUUGAACCAGUUAAAAUGAUGCAUCUAGAUCAUCCUGAUAUGGUUACAGAAGAUUAUGAAGAACAAACAAAAUCAAUUCAAUUGGAUCGUCCAGCUAGAGAACUAUUAAUUUGGUCUAUAUUAGUUGGUAAACUACGUAUGGCUGAAUUAUUUUGGACGAUGGAAAAAGAACCUAUCGCAGCUGCUCUAUUAGCUUCAAUUCUAUUGACAUCUUUAGGGAAUAAAACAGAUGAUUUUACUGAUAAAGAAGACUAUAGAAGCUUUGCAAAAAACUUUCAAGAACGUGCUGAAGGUGUCUUGAAUGAAUGUUAUCGUGAAGAUGAACAUAGAACACAAUUAAUUAUUAAUCAUGAAUUAAUUUAUUAUGGUCGUAGUUCAGUAAUUAAAUUAGCUGCUGAAGGUCAAAGUAUAAAAUUUAUGGCACAUCCAUGUUGUCAAGAUUUUCUUACAAAUACAUGGAGUGGUAAUUUAUCAACUAAGAAUAGUGUAUUUAGGUAUAUUAUGGGGGUUGUCUGUGGAUUGACAUUACCAUUUUUAAUACCAAAAGUUAUAUUAUCCAAGCCUAAAGCAAUUCCAACUACAGAAGGAGAAGAAUCAAGUCCUACUUCGGAACAACAAGGAUCUACACAAAAUAAUCAUACAUUAAAAUAUGUUUUAACUGCAGAAGAUGCUGGUAAAAAAGGUGUUCGGAAAACAUUACAAGCUAGAACUUUGGAAUAUAUUUCACAAAUUCGUGACUUUUAUAUGGCACCAGUUGUUCGUUUUGUGUAUAAUACUAUUUCAUACAUCACAUUUCUCAUCUUAUUCAGUUAUUUAUUAUUAGUUGAUUUUCGAAUCAAUAUCACAGUUGUUGAAUAUGUUGUUAUUGCUUGGGUAAUUACAUUAUUUAUAGAAGAAAUUAAACAGAUUGCAUGGGCUGUAUUAUCUGGGAUCAGUUUUAGAACUUAUAUAUCUGAUGGAUGGAAUAAAUUAGAUUGUGCUGGUUUAGCAUUAUAUAUUGUUGGUUUUAUAUUAAGAUUAAUUGUAUUAUUACGAUUACGUAGUCAUGAAGGAGAGAAUUUUAAUAUACAAUAUGAACGUUAUUAUAUUGUGACAGAUCCAAUAUUAGAUCCAUCACGUAUAUGUCUUGCAAUUAGUUUAUUCACAUUCUAUAUACGUUUAAUGUAUACAUUUAGUUUUCAUAUUGCAUUAGGACCAAAAUUAAUUAUGAUUGGUAAAAUGGUGACCAAUGAUUUAAUUCCAUUUAUGAUUAUUUUAACUGUGAUUAUGGUUGGUUAUGCAGUGGCUGCACAAUCAAUCGCCUAUCCAAAUGGUUUAUUUACCAAAGAGAAUAUGACAUUAAAUUCUGAAAUUAAGCAUAUGACAUUUGCUGAUAUUAUAUUUUCAAUGUAUACAACUGCAUAUUUUCAAAUGUUUGGUGAUUUUAGUUUAGAUGCAUUACAAGGAGAAGAUCGAACAUGUCAGAAUCAUAUGUGCCCUACGAAAACAUCACGUUGGCUUGUACCUAUUAUGCUUGGAUUCUAUGUGUUAUUAACUAAUAUACUGAUGUUCAACUUACUUAUUGCCAUGUUUUCUAAAACCUACGAAGAAAUAGAGAGUGCAUCAACAUACUAUUGGAAUUAUCAAAGAUAUCAAAUGAUCAAUGAUUAUGUUCAUAGAUCACCACUUGCUCCACCAAUUAUUAUUGUUUGGCAUUUCUAUGAAGCAUAUAAAGCUAUUGGAAAUCAAUGCGCAAGUUUAAGAAAUGCUGAAACAGCAAAAUAUAAUCCAUUUUGUGUACGAUUUACCGAUGUGAAAAAAGAAAGAGAAAUGGUCAAAUGGGAGCAUAUGAAAGCUAUGGAUUAUUUAAGAGAACCAUCAACUAAAGCAACUGGGAAAAGAGGUGUAGCUGAAUCACGUGCUGUGGUAUUUCGUGGUGGUGGAGGUGUUGGUCCUGGUCAAGGACCAGUAAUGGAUUUAAAAAGUGAAAUGUCCAGUGUUACAGAGGGUAUUGGAAUGGAGUUAGAAAAACGUUUCAAAGAGAUUGAUAAUCAAUUUCAACGUUUUAAUGAUGUUGAUUCACGUUUGAAUGAUGUAACACAAUUAUUAACAAAUUUAUCUGAAGUAAUCAGUAAUGUGACUGAAACACAACAACGAAUUAUUCGACAAAUAAAUGAACUUCCUACUUGUCAAUGUAAUGAAUUCACUGAUGAGGUUGUUCCUGUACAAAAAUCCACUACAACUCAAGCUGAUUCAGGAACAGCAGAAACUAGAAAACGUACAAAACUAGAAGUAGCUAUUCAAUCUGCAUUAGAAGCAGCUAAAGAUGUACUACGACCACCAACACCACCACCACCACCGCCACCACCUCCUCCACCCCCAAGGGAAUCACCUGUUCUAUUAGCUGCUGUUGUUCCUGGAUCCGAAGAUGAUUCAAGUGGUUCAGAAGAAGGUGGAGAUCCUUCAGCUGAUCCAGUCAUAGUACCUCAAGUUCCAGAUAUUAAAACUGGAAGAGUUAUAGAAAGAACAUUGGGUGAUCAUCGAUUAUGGAGAAUGGCUCCAUUUAAUUUUGAAAAAUAUCCUGGAAUGAGAAUGAAUGUACCACCGGAACGAAUGGCAUGGACUGUGGAAUAUCCAGAUUACUUUGCAUAUGAUGCUUGUGAAGAAGUUUUAUUAUUCCCAUCAGAAGAAUCACAUGAUGGUGUUAAUUUUACCCAUGGAAACAUCGUAUUUACUUUUCAACAUAGUGAAAAUCUACGUACAAUCAAUUUUAAUCAAUAUGAUUCUAAAGCUAAAUUACGUAGACAAAGUUUACUUGGUCGUUAUCGUUUAGAUUCAACAACAGGUGCACCAUUAAAUCCAAUGGGUAGAACAGGUUUAUUAGGUAAAGGAUUAUUACCACGUUGGGGUCCAAAUCAUUCAUUUGUAUUAUGUAUUACAAGAUGGACAAGAGAUACACGUACUGGUGUACAAGUAAUAAGAAGUAAUCGUGGUGUAUUACAAUAUUUGGCAUUAGAACGUAAUAAGAGAUUAUGUAUGCCAUGGUAUUUAACAGAUCAUACAAACAAAUGUGAUUUUGAUGAAUGUGUACCAAAGAUUAUAAGCAGUUUAGUGACCCGUCGAGGACGUGCUAUACUUCCAGAGAAAAGAGUUGAAAGAUUAUUGAAACGUAUUGAAAAGGCUGAAGUUACACAGAUUUUUAAAGGUUACUUAGAUGAUCAGUUAAAUGCUGAUAGUGCAUGGAUGGAAACUGUUGUGAUUAAUUUACAUGAAUCUGAGAGUAAAGGAGCUCAACUACCAGAUGACAUAUUAAAGUUACUCAAUGAACCUGGUACAGAAGAACAAUGUAAAUGGGUUGAAGUAUCACAUAGUAGUAAUCUACGUACAAGUCAUAAUUAUAUACUUAAGAAUGUUGCAGAACUUCGUAGAGCAUUCUAUUAA